UGCCUCCUCCUCCUCCUUCUCUUUCUUCUCCGGACUCCCUUUCCCUCUUCCUCUCCUCCCCCCCCCCGCGCGGGAGAACCCCGUCAAUCACGCGGGCUGAGCCCGCCCCCCUCCCCCGGGCCGGCCCCGGUUGUCCGGCAACGCCUCGGCCGCGCUCCGCAGUUGCCGGGCGCCCCACUGGCCGCGAUGGCGGGUCGGAGGGCGCCUCGUCCGCGACGGCGACGGCCCAAGUCCGGGGGAGCGCGCCGCGUGGCCUUCUCCCGCAGCCUGGCCCUCUCCGCCCUCUCUUUCAGCAACGUGAAACCCCCCUCGAGACAGAGCCCCACCAAGCAAAACCGCCUGCAGGACUUGCACUACGCGGCCAGCAUCGGGCAGACCCAGUGGCUCCAGAUCAGCCUGCAGAAAGCCGAGAGCCCCGACCAGGCGGAUAUUAACGGCUUCUCCACGCUGCACACGGCCGCACUGCACGGCCGGCUGGACUGCAUGACGAUGCUCAUCGAGAAAUACAACCUGGACGUCAACCUGGCCAGCCUGCGGGGCUGGAGGCCCAUCCACCUGGUGCUGGGCCAGGAGAGCAAGGACACGGCCGCCCAGUGCCUCCACUACCUGCUCAGCAACGGGGCAGACGUCAACGUGCAGAAUUUCAACGGGGUGUCUCCCCUCCACAAGGCAGCCAGCGAGGGGCGCGAGAACUGUCUCCAGGCUUUGAUUGACGCUGGGGCCAACGUCCACAGCCAGGACAACGAGGGACAGAAACCCAUCGACCUGUGCAAAAUGUGGGGCCACAGAAGCUGCGCCAAGCGUCUCUCCCACGCCAUGUGGAAGGCGGACAAGAAGCACCAGCUGAGGCAGAUGUGCAAGCUGGACUCCAUCAAAGCCGAGUGUGAGAUGAAGCAACGGCAGUUCCUUCAAAGAGAGCAGAGGGAGCUGAACAUCUGCAACAUGAUGGCCUUCGAGAACUGGCUGGUGAAGAAGGGCCUGCCGUUGCCUACCGGCACCCUCUUAGGCCUGGCGCAGGUCCAGCGCCACUCGCUGACCCUCCGCAAGGUGGCCGGCCAGAUAGCCAGCCCGGUCCCCUCCCUGGCCACGCUGCUGAGGGGCGAGCGCUCCGACUCCAUCCUCAGCAUGCAACGCCGGUACCGGCGUCAGAAGCCCUGGACCCUCAGCACCAACCUGGACUCCGAGCCGGCCACCUUCAUCUCCCGCCCGCAGCUCAUCCGGCUGGGCGUGGAGGCCGAGAAGCAGCCGCCCCACGACUUCACCUCCUUCCUCUUCCUCUUCAAGGACCCUUUCGGCCAGCCGGUGAUCCAGAUCGACAACAUCGGCCGGGUGAGCAGCGUGCCCGACCUGCCCUACGAGGUCCUGCACCGGAGCCUCUACCCGCACAGCUGGACCCCCCGCAUGGAGGUGCCCAGGGGACUCCGGCCGGUGCAGAUCUUCAACCUGAAGCACCGACGUCCCCCGGGGCCCGAGCAUUGGUGGACUGACCAAAUGGCCCUCAGCCUGCGGGUCACCCUGGACCCCGUCUUCCUGAGCACCCUCCGGACCCACGUCGACGCCUACGGAAGCGCUGAACUUCUGAGUCCAAGGACGGCGAGCUCCGAGUCCUCCAAGGAGACCCCCUCCGUCUAGGGUGAAUUGGCCGACCCGUAGGAGGGAUCCUCGCAGGGGGGCCCUCCUGCCCUGCCCCAGAGGGCAAAGGGGCAGGGAUACCCCUCCCCAAAUACCCCCCCUCCUAAAGCAUCCAAUAGGGAUGAACCUGCAACGCUCAAGAGACAUUUAAUAGUAAUAAAAGGGCACUAGGGCAGUUCUGCGUCCGUCAGUCCUCAAUUUACAAAGCGGGGGCUGCAAAAUACAGGUAGUCCUCAACCUACGGCUAAAGUUUCUGUUGCUAAGCGAGACCGUUCUUAAGUGGGUUUUGCCCCGUUUUACGACCUUUUGGGCCACGGUUGGUUAAGCGAACGGCUGCGGUUGUUUAAGUCUGGGACAAGGUUGCUGAGUGACUCUGCCCUCCCCUUGUCAAAAGGUCGCAAAAGGGGAUCACAUGACACACAACCCCCCCCCCUGGGAAUUUUGAAUUUUGACCACGUGACCCUGGGGGGGGGGGGAUGCUGCAACGGUCCUAAGUGUGACAAACGGUCCUAGGUCGUGUUUUUUUUUUCCCUCAGUGCCGUCGUCAUUUUGAACGGUCACUGAAUGAGUGCUUGUUAAGUAGAGGCUCGGCUGGGUCCCAAUAAAACCGAUGCCGACAAUCACGACGGUCGCUGAAGGGAAAGGAGAAAUGGAGGGCUGUGUGCUCGUUCUGUGGUCAAGCACGCGACCGAACACCUUUAUUGUGAACGCGGGCCGUGCGCUGAAAGAGGCACCCUUCGACCUCAGCCAAGAACUAAGCGACAGCUGGGAGCCUCUGAGGUCCUCCGGACGGGCUCGGCAGCCUGACAAUCGCCAGAGCGGAGUCCGAGGCUACCCCAGCUGAAGGAGCAGCGUCGUCGUCUCUGGCUUCCCACAUUCCAGGCAUCGCCUCGCCAAUUCUUUGCACGACAAUCUCGGUUCCUUCCCCGACCAAUCCGGUUUUCACCCACCCCGGUUUAAGUCCCUGAAGCUUCGGGGCGGGAUGCCGGCAGUCUUUGGGGCUGAACACACGUCUCCUUUUUGACGCGCCCCGAAAAGCUGACCCGGGACGUUUGUGUGAACCCUUGUUCUCGGUUCCUUUCUUUUUUGAACCAAAGUUGGUCCGUGUCUCUGCAGCCUCCUGGAGAGGAAUUCUCCCAGCC